UCGAAGUUUCGUCUUGCCUUCGCCUGUACACUUCCUAUUACAAAUUUACACGACAGAAAAGUCUUCUGUGGACCGAAAGCUCAGGUAAACGUACUCAAACCACGCUGAUCAAGCCCACAUCUCCCAGACCUGAGUACCUGACCAUGACCAAUGAGCAAUAUGCGUGUGAUCGCCUCGUAAUUCUUUUUUUUUUGAGGAUUGUCAGCCUCGUAAUUCUUUUUUUUUUUGAAAGUGCCUCGUAAUUCUAUUGUAUACGUGACAAUGACACCACUCGUUGAACCGAGCAGCGUCUUCUCUUGCCCAAGCUAAUUAAGCUGUGAGAGAACACACAUGCAGUUGAGUGCUGCUAAACCUGACAUUGCCUUCUUCUCUUUCUUCCAUCUCUUUUUUCAGUCUGGGAGUCCUGCUAAGCUUGUCGAUCAGUGCCAUGUCAGGGAGCACCAUGGCUGGCGCGCCGGCCACGCCGGAAGGCGCCGGGGAUCCGUACGAGCGGCAGCUGAACGACAGCUUCACUGGGCGCGUCGCGCUCACCGUCGUCUUCGUCCUCUUCGGGCUCACCGUCGCCAUCGUCGUCAUGCGCGUCCUGCUGUACGUGCUGGUGUAUCGCUCUGGCCGAGGCGGAGGCCGCGGCAGCGGCGGCCUGGCCGCUGGCAUCUUCCGGUCCAUCAACUCGUUCGGAAGGAUCGGCAGCCGGCGGCACGGGCUGGACGCGUCCGCGCUCUCCGCGCUGCCGGUCACCGUGCACCGGAAGGAGGCCGGCUCCACCAGCGCCGCUGGGGCCGACUGCGCCGUGUGCCUGUCGGAGCUCGCGGACGGAGACGCGGUGCGGCAGCUGCCGAACUGUGGGCACGUAUUCCACGUGGAGUGCGUCGACGCAUGGCUGCGCACCAGGACGACGUGCCCUCUCUGCCGGACGGAGGCGGAGCUGUCCCAGGGCCGGGGGGACGGCAAGGCGGAGGCGGCUGCGCAGUCGUCGUCGUCGGGCACGGAGCCGCCGCAACCGACGUUGCUUGGUGCAGGAGGAACCUUGAUAGUGACCGUACAAGGUGGCUUCACGGAUACCCAGAGAGACGUGCGCGGGUAAGCAUCGGCGGCAGGUAGUCAAUCGGCAUCUCCCUUUGCCUAGCUAUAUAAUCCAGGCAUCCAGGCAUCCAGCCUCGAGGGGAACCGGAAACAAGUGUACAGUGUAACAUACUACUCUAUGUAGAACUACAGACUGAUUGUUCCUUCAUCACAUACUAGUAUAGUAAGUAUGUAAAGUUUUUGUAAGAGCAUCAGGUUGCAAAUUUGAGUCCACAAAUGUCCGCGGGCGUGCCCACAGAUAUUGACCGGACCGGUCUCAAAUUUUACCAUUUACAAUUAUAUAUGUUAUUUUUAAAACA